AAAAAGUUGUGAUUGUGCGAAAAUGUAAAAAAUAUACAUCAAAUCCGUAAACAAAAUAUUUUAAACUGAUUGAGUUAUUAUCAUACAUUUUUGUGAUCCCUGAGGCCAUAUAACAAUACUGGAGAAGAACUUCGAUGGUUUUCAUGGUUUGAAGAGGAACUCCCACAAACUCGAAUAAGAAAUGUCUGAAACUAAUAAAUAUAUAUGGGCAUCAAUUCUCUUUAAUCCAUUUUGCCGUCGUAUUGUAUAAUUCUGUUGAUUCCCCAAAAUUUGGUUACUCUACUCGUCAUCAAGCACACAAAUCAGCUAGUAUCAUUACGCAAAAACCUGCGUCUGCUAAUGUGUACGUCUAUUCUGCUUCAUUGCGUCUUUUGCCAUAUCGAUAGGAAAAAGGCUAUUAUAUACACACAUAUCUAUAGAUACUGUAAGAUCAAUAAAUUAUGUUUAUCGAAUAUGUGCAAUCUCUAAAUCGACCGCCGCGAAACAAACAACAGGAAAAUUGUGUCGAAUUUAAUUUAGUUAACAUGGGAUGGAAAAUAACAUUAAGAUAUUCAGCGUGAAUGUGGUGACCUAUUAAUGACUUUAAAAAUCAAUAAAAUAUCGUAAUAAAUAUAUUUUCACACAAAUAUAGAUUAACAUCAAUCUAAGUGUGUCGGCAUGGAAUCCUUGGAACAGCAACUUAUGGAUCUGUCGGUAUUGAACGAUAAGCCGUUGCCGCCGAAAGGGUGUACCGUAAGGCAUGGAAAAGUCGCAGAAUUAGUAGGAAAUUUACAGAAAAAUUUAUAUACUGCACAAGAUGAUACUCUUUAUAAGAAAAUGGCUCCAUCUGUUCCUCCGAAGCCGCCGAAAAAGCAAAAUGAGAUGCCUCAGGUUCCAUUAAGUAAGCAAGUUACUUGUUCACGGGAACCGCUUUAUUCACAGCCCCUACUUGGUUCGGAGAAACCAUUUGGCGCGUCCGUUCUUUUUCGUAAGAACCAAAACUUUGACCGUGAAGUUUCCGGAAAAGCCAGCACUAGUAAAUCAACUUUGGACAAUCCAGCUGUAUUGGAACAGCAACUAGAAGCCCUGGCGUAUCACAAGCUUCAAAUGGAAAAGAAAGGCCUCUUAGGACUACAAAUGCAAUCAACAAAAUCUACCACAAGUAUUCCAAAGUUAUCAUCUAACUCCUUGGGCAACAGUAUUAUCUACAGUAACUUAAAAAUGCCGUCUGAUAGUACACCACAAACAGAAAAUAAACCGUUAACAUUUGGGUGCCCGUCUUCUGAACCCGCCACACUUUACUCCAAUAUUAAUUCAGCAGAUACAAACACUAAUGCCAGUGUGUCAUCGCUGCGUUCCUUACCUAGAAUGAUUUCCGUCUGUACUAACUCAUUGUCAGAGAAGGAAAGAGAAGAAGAUAUGCCGCCCCCUCCUAGCCCUGUAAGUGCUGUUAGCUCUUCCUAUAGCGAGCUACGACGUGCCACCAAUUUGUUCAACAAGCCAAUGGAUUUGGUCGAAAAUGAUUUAAAACUUCUGCCACCGCCCAAAUCAUGUAUUAAUGCUACAAACAACUGUUCAAGUCAAUAUUCGAUGCUACAUAACGCAAUGAUUAAGAGUUCAUCGACAUAUGAUUCAAUCUAUGAGCCUAUAAAUCCUCGCCCACCUGGCGAUUUGCUGUCCCGUGCAAGUUACAAUAUGUAUGAUACAUAUGUAAAUGAUAACAACAUUGGGAGUAGAUCCUGUGAUUCCAAUUCUUUGACAGCAAUUGAUUUGAAAAAGCCACUAUUUGUAAGAGGCGGUGCCCUGCCUGAAUGUUACGAUGAGCAAAAUACUUAUCAAAAUAAAAAUUCGAAUGAUUGUGGUAUGGGACUCUGUGCUGGCGAUCCAACUCACCAAACACAUGAAUUUGAAAAUUAUGGUCGGUGCGUCAAAUGCAAUAAGCGAGUGCUGGGGGAAAGCAGUGGUUGUACGGCAAUGGAUCAAAUUUACCAUAUAUCCUGUUUCACAUGCACAGACUGCCAAAUAAAUCUUCAGGGUAAACCAUUUUAUGCCCUGGAGGGUAAACCAUACUGCGAAUAUGACUAUUUGCAAACUCUUGAAAAAUGCUCAGUUUGCAUGAAGCCCAUUUUGGAGAGAAUUCUCAGAGCUACUGGAAAACCGUACCAUCCGCAAUGCUUUACAUGUGUUGUGUGUGGGAAAAGUUUGGAUGGUUUAUUGUUCACCGUUGAUGCCACUAAUCAGAAUUAUUGCAUUACCGAUUUUCAUAAAAAAUUUGCCCCACGUUGCUGCGUUUGCAAGGAACCAAUUAUGCCUGAGCUAGGGCAAGAAGAGACAGUACGAGUGGUGGCCUUGGACCGUAGCUUUCACUUGGAAUGCUAUAAAUGCGAGGACUGUGGACUCUUAUUAUCAUCCGAAGCUGAUGGUCGUGGGUGCUAUCCUUUAGAUGAUCAUAUCCUUUGUAAGAGCUGCAACGCCCAACGUGUUCAAGCUUUAACGAAUCGUAUGACAACGGAGCAUUAAAUCUAGCAUUAUAUCUUAUUCACCGAUAAACAAAUAGUCGAAUUUGUUUUCAUUCCAUACAUAUUACUUAUUCGUUAUUAUUUUAUCGCAAAGCUAUGAAACCAAAAAUAUUCGUACUUAUUCAUAGAGCCGUAUAUACCUAUUAGUUGAACCCGCCGCGACUUUGUACAUGUGCAAUUAUUUAAAUAAACAUACAAAUUUUUUAAGCUAUAUA